CCACUUUUAAAUUAUAAAAAUAUUAAGAAAUUAAAAUAAACCCACAACAAGUGCAUCCAGAGAACACAAAUCAACUUCUGAACAUCUUCAAGCAUUAGCACACAACCACGUCUUCAUUCAAUCUCAUAUACACACACUACAACAAGAUUAUUUUCUAUAAUUUUCCCUUCCACUUUCUCUCUCUCCUAAUACGCUCUAGCAAAUCUGGUUUUUUCUCUGAAUUGAUUGGAUUGGGUCUUGGGUUAUGUGAAUGCAAAGCUCAGUCACAUAGUUAUGUGCAUAUAUAGAGAUAUAUAUAUGUGUAUACUGUUUUCGGGUUGAAGUUUUGAAUAAUGAAUCUGGGUGGUCACUCAGCGAAAUCGAUUUCGAUGCCGAGUUCGAGUGUUUCGUGGAAAUCUGGAGAUGGGGUUUCCGACCAGUUUCCGGCUGGUCUCCGAGUGCUGGUUGUCGACGAUGACCCCACUUGUCUCAUGAUCUUGGAGAAGAUGCUUCGGAACUGCCUCUAUGAAGUUACCAAAUGCAAUCGAGCAGAGAUUGCAUUAUCGCUACUACGGGAGAACAAAAAUGGGUUUGAUAUUGUUAUAAGCGAUGUCCACAUGCCUGACAUGGAUGGAUUUAAACUCCUUGAGCGCAUUGGGUUGGAGAUGGACCUGCCUGUUAUUAUGAUGUCGGCGGACGACAGUAAAAGUGUUGUGAUGAAGGGUGUUACUCAUGGCGCAUGUGAUUAUCUGAUCAAACCGGUUCGCAUUGAAGCUUUGAAGAACAUAUGGCAGCAUGUGGUUCGGAAGAGGAAGCAUGAGUGGAAGGAUUUUGAGCAAUCAAGUGUUGAAGAAGGAGAACGGCAACCAAAGCCGUCUGAAGAUGCUGAUUACUCGUCCUCGGCAAAUGAAGGGAGUUGGAGAAACUCGAAGAGGAGGAAGGAUGAGGAAGAUGAUGUGGAGGAGAGGGAUGACACAUCUACAUUAAAGAAGCCGCGAGUGGUUUGGUCAGUUGAGCUGCAUCAACAGUUUGUGGGAGCUGUCAAUCAACUUGGCAUCGAUAAGGCUGUUCCUAAGAGAAUUCUGGAGUUAAUGAAUGUUCCUGGGCUCACUAGAGAAAAUGUUGCUAGCCACCUUCAGAAAUAUCGCCUAUAUCUUAGAAGGCUAAGUGGAGUAUCACAACACCAGACUGGACUUAAUAACUCCUUCAUGGGAGGCCCAGAAGCAUCCUUUGGGUCAAUAUCUUCACUCAAUGGGCUUGAUCUUCAAGCUCUUGCAGCCACUGGCCAACUUCCAGCCCAAAGUCUUGCCACACUCCAAGCAGCAGCACUCGGUAGGUCCAACAAAUCUGGCAUUUCCAUGCCUCUUGUUGAUCAAAGGAACCUUUUUAGCUUUGAAACUCCAAAGUUAAGAUUUGGAGAGGGACAGCAUCAACAAUUGAGCAAUAACACCAAGCAAAUUAACUUGCUUCAUGGAAUCCCAACAACCAUGGAGCCAAAGCAGCUUGCCAAUUUGCACCAAUCGGCACAGUCCUUCAGGGGCAUGAACAUGCAAGUCAAUGCCCAUGGAAGCCAGAGUAGUUCUUUACUGGUGCAUAUCGCUCCAUCACAGUCAAGGGUGCAAGUAAUGAAUGAAACUAACGGAAGUCAGGUUUCGAGGAUUCCAUCAUCCAUAGCGCAACCUAUUAUGUCAAAUGGGAUAGCCACUGGGGUUUUGGCAAGAAAUGGAAUAGUUAACAAUGUCAGAGGGGCACUAUACAAUUCAGUUCCCCACACCACAUCAAUGGUAGAUUUCUCAGUGGACCAAAACACAGAAUUGCCAGGCAAUACUUUUCCUCUUGGGAAUGAUUCAGGGAUGAUUUCCAGUCUCACAUCUAAAGGGGUGCUCCAAGAAGAGGUUGACUCAGAAAUGAAAGGAUCAAGAGGAUUUGUUCCAAGCUAUGAUAUAUUUAGUGAGCUGAAUCAACAUAAAUCCCAAGAUUGGGAGUCAGAGAAUGUUGGCUUGAUCUUUGACCCAUCCCAACAUGCAAAUAUACAAGGGAGUCUCGAUGUACCACCAUCAAUUUUGGUUCACCAAAACUUUUCAUCUGGUCAAAACAGUGAACAGAAUAGGAAUGCAUCUCUUGGCAAAGCAAUGUUCUCAGCUGGGGAAGCCACUGGCCACGGGAAUGCCUCGCAUAUUGCGCAGCAACUUAACACAUUUCUCAAUGAUCAUUCAGUAAGGGUUAAGGCUGAACGACUUCCUGAUGCUGGCUGUCAGAAUACCUUAUAUCAUGAACAGUUUGGUCAGGAUGACCUAAUGAGUGCACUUCUCAAGCAGCAAGAAGGCAUUGGACCGGUUGAAAAUGACUUUGGGUUUGAUGGGUAUCCCUUGGAUAAUCUUCCUGUGUAGCACAUGCUUCACGCUCCAGCUCUUUUUACGUCUGGCAGUUUCUAUUGUACAUAGCUGGUAUCAGAGAUGAGUUUAACUUAUUUCUUCUGCAAUCGAAGGGUGAAGAUUCAGUUUCAUUAUUCAUGUCUACUUGACACAGGAUCUCAAUUUCACUUUGCUGCAUUUUCCGGUUGUGAUAGCUUGUUGUGCUUGUUCAAUUUGGAGUUUAAAGAUGGAACAGAUCGUUCAAUUCGGACAGAUCAAUUAUGGUGGAAGUUGGGGCAGAAACGUGUAAGAAACAGCAGCAUGAUAUGCAAAGGCGUACAUGCGAAGUUUUGGUCUGCUUUUCGUAGGUGAAUCUAGCAAGAAACAUAAUUUAGGUGUACUUGUGAGGCUGUGUGUAGGUAUUGGGCUUAAGACUAAGAGUUCCAAAGAAAAGCUUCUGACUUAUCUUUGAACUUGUAGGAGUUUUUCUAACUCUGAAUAACGGGGGUUGUUUUUCUAGGAACUGAAAGUAAUGUACAGAUUAUUUGAUUGCUCAGGACACAAAGUCUUGGUAUUCUUUUUAGCUUCUGUAUUUAAAAGAUUAAAGUUCUUAUUCAUGCUUUAAAUUUUGCUGACAAUCA